CAGAGUAGGCAAAAGAGUUAUGUAGAUACCCGAAGGAGAGACCUAGCGUUUGAGAAAGGCGACCGGUUGUUUCUUAAGGUCACUCAUUUCAAGGAAAUUAGUAGGUUCGGCAGGAGGGGAAAAUUAAACCCCCGAUAUAUUGGACCUUUUGAAAUCUUAGACAGGAUUGGUACUGUUGCCUAUAGACUAGCACUGCCUCCAGAGCUCUCCAGAGUCCACAACGUGUUCCAUGUAUCCAUGCUACGUAAGUACAACCCGGACCCUUCUCAUGUCUUGGCUCAUGAACCGCUUCCACUCCAAGAUGACUUGUCUUAUGAAGAAGUAACAGUCAGUAUCACGGACCGAAAGAGCAGAAUACUCCGCAACCGGAAAAUAUCAUUUGUAAAGGUCGUGUGGCAGAACCACACGCCCAGGGAGGCUACCUGGGAGCUAGAAUCAGAAUUUAGAGCCCAGUAUCCCCAUUUG